CUUUUUACCCCACACACUUAAACGUACAUUCAUAUUCAGGCUCUCUUUCUCUCUCUACGUGCUCCCUCCACACACGAAAAAUUCACAUUUUCUCUCUCUUAGGGUUUUAACACUUUCAGAAUGGCGCAAGAGACACAUGCAGUUUCAUCUCCGGUGGUGUUCACGGCGGUGAAGUCGUGGCUGGUGGUGGAGGGUCCGAAGGCGAACGAAGCCGUGCAGUUCUACAAGGCGGCGUUUGGAGCUGAGGAGUUGAGCCGAGUGAACGAUCCGAAGAGGAAGGCGGAGCAGGAGCUGCCUCUCAUUCGCUCUGCUGAGCUGAAGAUUGGAUCCUCUAUUUUCGUUGUUUCAGACCUCUCCGACGACUCUCCAGUGAAAUCUGCUGUGAGCGGUGUUUUCUGCCUGGAGACCGAAGCAGUUGAAGCUGCCAUCGCGCAGGCGGUUGGCGCCGGCGCCGUUUCCGACGACGAAGUGGUGGAAGGUGAAGGCGCGUGCUGCGGUGGACGCGCGGGCAAGGUGAAGGACCCAUACGGCAACGUUUGGCUAAUCUGCUCUCCUGCUAACAAGUGCGGCGGCGGCGUGGCUGCUUAGCUGAUCUGAGCCAUCUACCGAGUUAGGCAGCUCUUUAACUCUUCUAUCUUGGUUCCUACUUCACUCAGUACUGUCACUCGAAGCUUUCAACAACUAAUCAAAACCUUAUGCUAUAAUAUUACUUCUAAUUAUUGGUAGUUUCUGUAUUCAACUGCUUUUUUUUGACAGGUUACUGCUGUGGUUUUUACUUUUCCAAUUAUUGAGGAUUGACAAUACUCCA